AUGGAGUGUCGUGAACGCUACUUCUUAAUAGCUGCUGAUCUUUCCUUCACUGGGGAUGAACCUUACUUUGAGGCUGUUGACAGGGCAGGUGUGUACCCAAUCACUCAGCAAUAUGCUUCGGAGUGUGGCUACAGUGUCAGUGUUCUCCCUCAACCAGGCCACAUUGAGCUCAAAGCUUCUUACUUCAGCUGUCACACAGAAAAUAAAGAUGACAAAAUGUUCACAUUCAACUUCAACUUGAUUGCCACUGAUAAGGGAAAGCAGGUUGCCUAUGUUCUGAAUAAGACCUGUUCUCCCCCUCUUGCUUGGUCUCCAAGAGAAGUUACUUGUGAGGUCAACUACAUGGAAGCCUAUAUGUCAGCCACUUCAGCUUGGCAGGUGAUGUUCCAUAGGGCAGGGCUGCAGAUGGCUCCUAUGACACUCUCAGAAGCUCGUACGCAGCACUAUGUUUUUGACCUGACAGAUGGAAGGCUUGUGUUUCGUACGCCGUAUGGACAACCUGAUUCGUUUGAGAAUACAGUGAAUGGUGUGCCACUGGAGGUGAUUCACGCAACUCUGUUCUCCAGACAAGGCUGGGUUGUCCUUAUGGUAGACCUGGUGGCUGCUUGUUCCAUGUAUGAAGGCUCACUUGAUAAUGGCUACUUGGUGUGGAAGACUCCAGAGUUGCUGUACCCAAAGGUUCCUGUGAUUGAUGCACAAAUCAAGACGGGACUCAAUGGAAAUCUCCUGGAACAGUCAACUUCAGAAGAGAGGGGCUACGCUGUAGAGAAGCACAAUGCCACAAUCCAGCUAAAGGUCCCCUAUAACACUGAGGGUGCAUACAGGAAGAGCUUUGUGGUUGGUGACCUCUAUGAGUUCUACAUCUUAAAUAUGUACAUGGAACUAGUCUUGCUCGAUAACAAUCAUGUAGACACAAGACUCCGAUUUCACAGGCCUCUUUCCACCCCACUGCUGCGACACCAAAUUGUCACUGAGAACCGAACAGUUGUUGAGGACCGUGAAUUUAACAUCUACAUUGGCAGUAUCCCUCAAGAUGUUGAGUUGGCGGCGGUUGAAUUAAAUGGAAAAGAAUUUACAGUGCUGUUCAAAGAGUUGAGCAUGUGCACAAACUGCAGCUCUAGUUCCAUGUGUACAAUCUGCGUUGCUGCUCUGUCAAACACAUACAGCUACACACUGAAGAUGCCUUUUUCGGACAGCAUUGUUAUACAGAAGUUCCACAGAACAGAUGAAAUUCUACGGUAUAAACUUGACAUAAAGUACACACUGGUGGUUCUACCAGAAAACAAGCCUUUCUACCAUCUAGCGUCUAUCGUGACUUCAGUAAAUGCCACUCCUCCAGCUAUUGCUGCCAUCUGUUCUGAGUGGGGUAUCGGCUUCAGAAUGGACCACAAACCUACCAACUACCUGUGGGAUAUCAGCAUUGGCCCAGAAUUAUUGACUGCUGAGCUUGCAGAUCGGCAUCGUUAUGUCAUGCACAAUGAUAGCCAGACUCUGCUGCUCGACGUGCCACUCUUGACUUAUGGCUAUGAAUACACGGACAUUAGCUUGGAGAAGUUCUCUGGCACUUUUGAAAUCCUCAUCAAAGAUCAUGAAACUUCAGAGAUCCAUCGUUCUGUCCUGAAGACAUGUUCUUUUAGUACAUCUGAACUCAUUUCAUGUUCGCGUAAUGGUCAGAUGACUGUGGUGGCUAACGUAUCGCUGGUCAUUCCAACUGGAGGAAUGCCAGGAAGUACCCACCUCAACAAAAACUGUACACCCAUCGAUGCAGACAGCACCAGGGUUCUCUUUUCUAUUCCACUGAACAGUUGUGGAACUACAAUCAAGAUUGUCAAUCAACAAGUGAUGUACGAAAAUGAGAUCUCCUACACCCCUGCAACCACUGACAAGAUGGCCUCCAAUGUGACUCACAAGGUGACGGUGCAGUGUUCAUACACUUUAACUUGGCUCUACCGCCUGUUCUCAGUGUUCAGGUUCGAGUCGGACACAGUGGGUGUUGGCAGAAUCAUCCACACGGUUUCUACCACAGAAGGUCUACAGAGUACCACUUUAAGGCCUACUACAAUUCCAUCUACAACUGAGAGCCCUUACCGGCUGACCCUUCCAUUCCACCCUGUUUCUUACUACUUCAGAGUGCCCACACAAGGUCUAAAAUCUGAAGAGGGAGAAACUGUCUAA